GGCGGCGCCUCAGUCCCAGGGGCGCCGGCGGAGCGGCCGCCAUAUGCGGCGGCGGCUGCGGCGUCUCUUGCCGGCCGGGCCGCGGCGGAGCGGCGGUGCCUUCCCCUCCCCGGCGGCCUCCUCCUUCUCUUCUCUCUCCUCCUCCUCCCUGCGGCGGGCGCGGACGUAGCGCUUCAAUGGGAAGCUCUCACUUACUCAACAAGGGCUUGCCUCUAGUAAAAAUUUGAACACCAUCCAGGCUACAGAGGUUGCAGUGGAUAAGAAGUUUUAAAGCUUUGGUUCAAGAUUACAUGAGGCUGCAAGAAAAAUAAAAGACAUGGAAGUGAGGAUCGAAUGACAGGCUGCUAUUUUGCCUCAGAAUACUGAAGAUUGUAAAGCAUUGAGAAAUCGAAUUCAUGACCCUGGAAAUCAAGCUCAGAUUAAGAAAUGUCAGGCAUUCGACCUCCGAUCAUGAAUGGGCCCAUGCACCCGCGCCCUUUGGUAGCGUUGCUGGAUGGCAGGGAUUGUACAGUAGAAAUGCCUAUUCUGAAGGACGUAGCCACAGUGGCAUUUUGUGAUGCUCAGUCUACGCAAGAAAUUCACGAAAAGGUACUAAAUGAAGCAGUGGGUGCACUGAUGUAUCACACUAUCACUUUAACACGAGAAGACCUGGAGAAAUUCAAAGCACUUCGAAUAAUUGUCCGAAUUGGCAGUGGUUUUGAUAAUAUUGACAUCAAAUCUGCUGGAGAUUUAGGGAUUGCUGUGUGUAAUGUGCCAGCUGCCUCAGUAGAAGAAACGGCAGAUUCUACUAUGUGCCACAUUCUGAACCUGUACAGGCGAACAACCUGGCUUCACCAGGCUUUGAGAGAAGGCACAAGAGUACAAAGUGUUGAACAGAUUCGGGAAGUUGCUUCAGGAGCUGCCAGAAUCAGAGGGGAGACCUUGGGCAUCAUCGGAUUAGGGCGUGUUGGGCAAGCAGUAGCACUACGUGCCAAAGCCUUUGGCUUCAGUGUGAUUUUCUAUGACCCAUACCUCUCAGAUGGCAUGGAGCGUGCUCUGGGACUGCAGCGGGUGAGCACUUUGCAGGACCUGCUGUUCCACAGUGACUGUGUUACCCUGCACUGCAACUUGAAUGAACACAAUCAUCAUCUUAUUAAUGACUUCACCAUAAAGCAGAUGAGACAAGGGGCUUUCCUGGUCAACACAGCUCGAGGUGGGUUAGUAGACGAAAAAGCACUUGCACAGGCCCUGAAGGAAGGAAGGAUACGAGGGGCAGCCUUAGAUGUACAUGAGUCAGAACCAUUCAGCUUUAGUCAGGGCCCCCUGAAGGAUGCACCAAACCUGAUCUGUACUCCACACGCAGCCUGGUAUAGUGAACAAGCCUCAAUUGAGAUGCGAGAGGAAGCAGCACGAGAGAUUCGAAGGGCGAUCACAGGUCGUAUUCCAGACAGCCUGAAAAACUGUGUUAACAAAGAUCACUUGACUGCAGCUACACAUUGGGCCAGCAUGGAUCCUGCAGUUGUUCAUCCAGAGCUUAAUGGUGCUGCAUACAGCAGGUAUCCCCCAGGUGUUGUAAGCGUGGCUUCGACUGGCAUACCUGCAGCAGUAGAAGGAAUAGUCCCCAACCCCAUGUCUUUAUCACACGGCCUCCCUGCUGUAGCCCACCCGCCUCAUGCUCCUUCUCCAGGCCAAACUGUCAAACCAGAAGCUGAUAGAGACCACCCAAGCGACCAAUUGUAGCCUAUGAAAACAGCAUUCCCAACAUCGGAGGUUGCAACUUCACCAUGCAGAGAACAAACAAAA